UUCCCAGGGGGCGUUGUUUAAUGGCAGGAUCGGUGUUUCCGUCCGUGUCUUCAUUUCAGAUGGUGACUGUGGAUGUAUUGAUAAUCGGUGGUGGGCCACAUGCUUUGACCAUUGCCAGCCUGCUGUCCAGUCCUAACACAGAGCCUCGCCCAAAUGACCCGGCCCAGUCGUCUUGGUGCUCGGACUCUACGAAGCCUACACCCGACAAGAGAUGCUGCAGCGUCAAGAGGAAGAAGGGGAAGACAAAAAAUGGACAAACACCGGAGGAACAAGCAGCCAAGUUGUCAGCACCAGACGGGCUCGUUUCCCCUCAGCUGAGUCUCCUGGUGGUGGAUUCCUACGGCGAGUGGACCACUCUGUGGGAAAGUCAGUUCACAGCACUGAGCAUCCCUCACCUGCGCUCACACACACUGGUGCACACGGACCCCCUGAAUAAGCACGCUCUGCAGGAGUUCAUCCUGAAGACCGAUCGCUCAGCGGAGCUUCACCGCCUCCAGGAUCAGGUUUAUAUUUUGGAUGAAAAUGCGUUUUUCAGUGACAUGAGACUCGGCAAAAAAGAGAAGAAGCGGCUGAACGUCACGUCAUCCCUGAAAAAGAGUUUGUCCUUCAGUCUGCCGGGAACGACACUCAGCGUGGACUUCUUCAAAGAUCAGGUUUCCAGAUAUAACCUGGACAAAGUGAUGCUAAAGGGAACGGUGGAGAACAUCAUCCCUGUUGUUAAGGACGCGGGAUCGAUGCCCUCUGCGGUGGAGGAGCCGGACACAGAAGGGAAGACAAUAAAAGGGACCGACGUAAAGGAUGGGGACAGAAAGCAAGUCAAGCAUUUCAAAGUCCAACUUCAGGACGGAACCAUUCUUCAGGCUAAACGGGUGGUCAUAGCAACAGGACCCAGCCGUGCUCAGAUGGCAAACAUUCCUUCCUGGGUGAAGAACAUCGGCGAGGCGUAUCCAGAGGAGCGCCUGCAGCACACAGUGGAACUCAUGCACUAUUUGUCCAAAUCUAAGCAAACGCAGACAGAGGUUGUUCCAUCUAAAGGCAAGUGUGGGUUUUUCAAGAUGAAUGUCCCAUCACUGAUCACUGUGCAGGUGAGUGAAGCCGUCUGGUGCUACAAGAACCAGGUCUGGAGUCUCUCCCUCAGUACUGGAGACCACUGGACAGGAGACAAGAUCUGGCUUGCUACUGGCUGCAAACUUGAUGUAAACCAAGACCCACUGCUGUCUGGGGUGAUGAAGGAAUUCCCAGUACAGGUGAUCGAUGGCUGGCCGUGCAUCACUGAGGGUUUACAGUGGGCAGAGGGGUGUCCACUUUAUCUGAUGGGACAGUACACAGCUCUACAGGUUGGACCACAUGCUGUAAAUCUGGCUGGUGGACAGGCGGCCAGUGUGAGAAUCGCCAAAGACAUUAGACAACAGAAAAACCCAGCUGACCCCAGAAAUGGAGAGAAGUCUAAAACUGAAGACUACAUUCAACACAUGCAUGGUCUUUUAUGGCUUUGACAUCACGCAGGCUAAAACCUAAAAAUGUGAAAUAAAAUGAACUCUACAGAGGGUCCUCGGCUUACGUC